GUCAAGUAACAGGUUGUUAUGACUCACGAGGCUGUGGAGCACGUAAGGAUGCCCAACUUAACGCUUCCUCCUUACUUUAACCUCACCUUAUUCAUGAACAUCGGCCCGUACCGCUACCCAGCGCUGGUGUUAUUCCUCCUCCUCUACGUCUUCAUCGUGUGCGCCAACUGGGCCGUCCUGGUGACCAUCUGCCACGAGAAGACCCUUCAUGAGCCCAUGUACAUUUUUGUGGCCAGCUUGUCAAUCAACGCCCUGUACGGCUCCACGAGCUUCUUCCCCCGCUUCCUAAUGGACCUUACAUCCGACGUUCACCUGAUCUCCCACACUGCCUGCCUCUUGCAGAUCUACUUCAUCUACACGUACGGUGCCAACGAGAUGACCACGCUGUGCGUCAUGGCCUACGACCGCUACCUGGCCCUGUGCCAUCCGCUGCACUACCCCACCAGGAUGACGGUGAAAAAGGCCCUGAGCCUGGUUGGCUUGGCGUGGCUCAUCCCCGCCGCCUUUCUCACAAGAAACAUCUCCUGGUUGGCCAAGCAGCCCCUGUGUGGCAACAAGAUCCACAAGGUGUUCUGCGCAAACUGGAAUGUGGUCAGUCUGUUAUGCGGGUCCAUGGAGUUUAGAAAUAAGUCCGGCAUAUACGUUACCAUGUUUGGCAUUUUCCUACCGUUGGUCUUCGUUCUCUACACGUACAUGCGCAUCAUAAUUGCCACCUGGAGACAUUCUGCAAAAUUUAAGGGCAGUGUUUUCCAGAGCUGUUUGCCACACAUGGUGUCUUGUGUUAGUUAUUCCAUCACUAUAUUUUGUGAUGUAGCCCUGAGUAGGUCUAAUCUGGAGGAGAUGAAUCCCUUCCUUGUCAUCAUUUUGUCUUUGGCGUUUGUGAUGAUUCCGCCAGUUCUCAACCCUCUAGUGUAUGGCUUGAAACUAUCACGUAUACGCAAACACAUCUUCAAAAUAGUGUGAGAUUGUGGAAGUCAGUGCUAACUAAAAGGAGAACUUUAAUGGGCUUUGCAGACAUUUUUUGUUGGAGAGUAACGGACUCCACCAGGAAGGCCUUAGCCAAGCACUGAAUGAGUGGAUUUUUUUGGGGGGUGGGCGUGGCCAAGGCUUACCUGUUCCACACACUACAUUGAAUUUUGACGUCGGCACUUUAAGAAAUAUUAACGCAUGCACUUCCAUCGCUGGAGGUCCACUGCCCAAUAUUUUCAAAAUACACUUCACGGUGCGCCUUGGCUGGCCCGCAAGUGCGAUUGCCACGACGGGUUUACCUGGCUAGCGUCGAUGUCACAGCAACCGGGCUGUUAGCUGCAAAGCUAACGAACUCCUCAAAGAAAUCCACAAUAUAUCAUAUACACAAACAAAUAAUUCCAAAAUAGAUUUACUUGCUGUUCCAGACAGAGGUGCGAAAAAUGUCCUGCUGUCCUCAAUUGUAUUGUCCCAGAUUGCACAAGAUGUCAUCCUUAAAAUGGUUGCCACAAACUAAGACAUUUUGGGCAUGCAUUCCAUGCAUAAAGUCCAUUUCUGUAGCUCGGUUGUAGGGAGAAGAAAGACACUGUUGUCCAGCCAUGCCUGCGUGGUUGUUUGCGUUGGAAACUUUGGCAUGGGGAUAGAGUAAAAAUUGUAUGAACGGGUUAGUGACGCCAUAAAAUGAACGAAGGUGGGGUAAGUGACGUCACAAACUGAUCUGCUAAAACAGAAUGCUAUUUGACAGCCCAGCACACCUUGCACCGCUUUAACAUCCAUCUUACGAAGUUAUAUUGACAAAGUUAACAAAAACAAUCACACACCCUCAACAAAACCACUUUGGGGGUUAUUCUUUUUUUUUUUAUUAUUGAUCUUAUUUCAGAUUCAGAGUUCAUUCCAGAGCUGCUGCA